GUGUGUGUGUAACGAGAGAGAGGAGGGUGGUGAUGACUGAUGAGAGAAGAAGAUUGCAUCGAACGGCGAAACUGGGCCUACAGUAAUCCCAAAUCCAAUAUCCUUAUCCUCUUCUCUUGUCUCUCUUUUAUUCUCCUUGAGCUUCUUCAAUCUCUUCUUCUCCUCCCAAGACCCAGUCCUUCCUCGUCCAAUCGCUGUGCUUUAGACGCCUAAUCAAUCAUCCGAUUCCGUCGAGGAGGGUUUCUAUCUCUCUAUCUGGGUCAAAACAAGAUGGGAUUGAGUUCCUUGUUUUUCCCCGCCCUCGGCUUCUCUGACCUUUUAGUUUUUGCUGCCCCCCUCUGGAUUGCUGUGGCCGCCGGGGUUUUGGUUGGUUGGGUUUGGAGGCCCAAGUGGGCUUAUCUCUCCGCUCAUGAUUCUAAACUCUUUUCCGAUUCUCCUAAAUUCUUCAACUUCACCUCCUUCAAGCUUCCCUCUUCCAUCCUCAAAACCUCUUCUCCCAGCCUUUCUUCUCCCCAGGCGGCUGAGAAAGAGAAAUCUGGGUUUGUUACGGACGAUGAUUUUAGGCAUCUAUGGAAGUUGGUUGAGGUCAAAGAUGGCGGUCCUUCUUGGAUUCCAAUGAUGGACCGAUCAACCCCAACCUUCUCAUACCAAGCUUGGAGGCGAGAUCCUGAGAAUGGGCCUCCCCAGUACCGCAGCAGAACCGUGUUUGAGGAUGCCACUCCUGAGAUGGUCAGGGACUUCUUUUGGGAUGAUGAGUUCCGUUCCAAGUGGGAUGAUAUGCUUUUGUAUUCCUCUACCCUCGAGCGUUGCAAGGACACGGGCACUAUGGUUGUCCAAUGGGUCCGCAAGUUUCCCUUCUUUUGUAGCGACAGGGAGUAUAUCAUAGGCCGUCGAAUAUGGGAUGCUGGCCGAGUUUAUUACUGCAUUACCAAGGGAGUACCAUACCCGUCUGUACCAAGACAAAACAAGCCAAGGCGAGUUGAUUUAUACUAUUCAAGCUGGUGCAUCCGUGCAGUCGAAUCAAAAAGAGGCGAUGGUGAGACCACAGCGUGUGAGGUACUACUAUUUCACCAUGAAGAUAUGGGAAUACCGUGGGAGAUUGCUAAGCUCGGGGUGAGACAGGGUAUGUGGGGUGCGGUGAAGAAAAUCGAACCAGGCUUACGCGCAUAUCAGAGGGACAAAACAGCAGGAGCAGGUUUAUCACCAAGCGCAUCAAUGGCCCAAAUCAACACCAAAGUGAGUGCGGAGGAGUUCAUGAAUGAGAGGGAUUCAAUAGCAGAGGUUACAGGAGAGAAGCCGACGGGGAAAAACAUACCAAAGAUACUGGUAGUGGGAGGGGCGAUUGCGCUUGCAUGUACACUGGACAAAGGGCUGUUGACAAAGGCGGUGAUAUUCGGAGUAGCCAGAAGAUUUGCAAGAAUAGGAAAAAGGAUGUAGGUGAGUGUACAUGUAAGUAGGAAGAGAGGGAAUGAGAAAGGUAAAAAGGGUCUCUCUUUUGGCGAUUUGAAAAGAGAAAGGGUGUCUCUUUUUAGUCUUGGUCUUGGUUGAUGUAUCAAUCUUGUAAUAGCAAAGGGAAAAAGAAGCGAGAGUUAUUCUUUCAGUGUUGAAUUUCUGAGAGCGCGGUAGGAUAAUUCCACGCUGCAUUAAUUAACGAGAAACAUAUCAAUCUUUUCUUGUCUA